GUCCUCCGUUACUCUGCUUCAGUGGACCAAACUAGUCCCUCCUGAUCAUAACUCCGAGUUUUAAUUUUUUUUACAAAACGAAGGCGCAACAGCAAAAACGAAAUUUCUAAUUGGACUCUGUAGUUUUAAGACUGUUUGAAGUGAGUUUGCCCCUCGUAGGGCGAUGGAAAGGGGGUCUAUACCCAUACACCUUGGACUGUUACUAUGGAUUCUGACUCUGACCCCGGCUGUUCUCACCCAGAGCAAUAGUCAUGUCUGCAACAACACACGGACGGUGUACGAACGAGAAACUGCCAAGUGUAAUAAAUUCAUAGACUACAUAAUCAAUGGAUUCAGUCUAAAUAAGACAAUGUCCUUCCCAGGGAAAACAUCACAGGAAAUCAACGUCAUCCUCAGCAAUCCUGGGCCUGACAUCGACUGCUAUUUUUACAAGAAGAAGGAUGAGAAGUAUCAGACAUGUUGUACCGGGUGGAUCAGUUCCAUAGAGGGGAGUCUGUUGUGCGACAUUCCACAAUGUACCCCGGCUUGCCAGAACGGUGGCAACUGUACGGAACCUCCGAACGUCUGCUCAUGCCCAGCAGAAUAUACCGGGUUCAGGUGUGAGGACAAGAUAUCAGCUGCAUCCUCCACCCACAAGUUUUGUUAUACUGACCACUUCUGCUCCUACUCCAAGAUCGAAAAGUACUACUCACAAGUCGUGACGGAAGCAGAUUGCUGCACCAAUGGAGGAAAAGGAUGGGGUGUCGGUCAGGGCACGUGUACUGCAUGCGCAAACGCAAAUGGCACAGUUCCAGACACCUCGGUGAUAGUGCAGACUAAUGAACUACCAUUCAAGACUUGUUUGAACUUUGGGCCCAGCUAUUACAGGACCUUUGACGGUUUGGAGUACGAGUUUGGAGGAAUGUGUACAUACACGAUUCUUAAAGACACAGACAAAGGCUGGAAGGUCGAACUCACGCCAAAGGACUGCGCAAAAGUCGGCGAUUGUACGAAGAAAGUCACGAUGUUCCUGGGGAGCGGAGAAACUAUCACGGUUGAGGGAGGAAGUGUCAAGGUCAACGAUGCGGAAUUCCUCCUGUCGGGCGAGACCCCCAAGUCUACCCCUGAAAACACUUACAAUGUGCGCAACAUGAGCGGAUGGAUAUUUGUGGAUUCUGCUAAAGGCGUCAGUCUGAAAGUGGAUAGUAAGUCUACAGUGGAGGUUACUGUGUACAGCGACAAAGUUCAGGGCGACAUCAAGUUCCAGGGUUUAUGUGGAAACAUGAAUCGUGACCCCAGUGACGAGUUUAAGACGUCCUCAGGCUCCAUGUCAAGCAGCGCUGUGUAUUUCGCCAACUCCUGGCAGGUGGUCAACUCAGUGGACGGGUGCAGUCCUGCUGGUUAUAUGCCAAACUACUGCCGGACACCGGAAGAAGAAAAGUCAGCAGCUGACGCAUGCGCCCUCAUAAACACGUUGCUUCAUCCCUGUCAUACAGCAAUUAACCCAAAAAUGUACUACACGAUGUGUAAAAAUAUGCACUGCAAAGCCACAUCCGACGAGGAGAGAAACCAAGUACGAUGUGAAUAUGCCAACUCUUACUCUCAGGAGUGUGCCGCUAUCAACAUCGUCAUGAAGUGGAGGUCCAAGUACUUAUGUCCUCGGACCUGCCCCGCCCCUCUGGAAUAUUCAGAGUGCACGUCCUCCUGCCCUCGCACCUGCAAGACGCUGUACCUGGUGGAGCCUGACGAGUGCAAGAUGUGCAUCAGUGGAUGUCAGUGCCCCCCAGGGACCUUCCUACAAAACGGCCAGUGUGUCAAACCAGAGGCAUGCGUGUGUGAAUUCAACAAGAAGCAGUAUAAACAUGGAGACACUAUCAAACAGAGAUGUAAUCUCUGUACCUGUGACAGAGGCAAAUGGACGUGUGAGGAAGAUCGGUGUUCAUCCAGCUGUGAAGUCGUGGGAUUGAAUCACAUGACUACGUUUGAUGGGAAUCGCUUCAGUUUCGCACCUGACUCGUGCUACUACACCUUAGUGGAGCCGGACUCUCUCAUUGCACAAGAUAAUGAACGAGCGAAUAUGACAAUCAAAGUGAAAAUGGACAAGUGUGCAGACUUUCAGGACGUGAACUGUUUAAGUGGCGUCACACUGACGUAUCAGAACGCCAUUGUCAAGAUGGAGAAGGACAAACUCUACAUCAAUCACGUGGACUACAGCGACACCAUUCAAAAGACGCCAUACUCCUUUGGAGGAAUCUACGUGAAAGACGUCACCAAUAUGUUUAGAGUUGUCAAAGCAUUUGGCGUCAAGAUUCUGUACGACAAGAAAAGAACACUGUACAUAGAUCUUAAACCAUUUUAUGCAAACAAGGUAAGGGGUAUGUGUGGACAAUUUAAUUACGACAUCACCGACGACUUCAAAGUCCCUAAUGGCGGCGAGCAGGCGGCCAUCCAGAACUUUGCAAAUGCCUAUGGAGAUUCGACCUGUCAGACGUCAGUUUACAGCUACAACCUAGAGAUGGAGGAGAAGCAUGAAGCCUGUUACCCUCUGAUGAAUACUUCUCGUGGAGCAUUGUUUUCCGAAUGUAUCCAGAAACAGGAGGAUCUGUCAAAGUACUAUUACACGUACUGUAACUAUGACAUGAAGAAACGAAGCACGCAAACCAACAUGGAGGCACUGUGUGACAUCGUGUCUGCCUUCUCUCGCCAUUGCACAUUUAGCGGGUUAUUUGUACCGUGGUAUAAUAACAGCGCCUUUAUAAACCGAUGUGAGAAUUACCUGAGCUGUACCCAGCAUGGUUCCGGUGCCGGAUCAGUCUACACAGACUGCGCGAGAAUCUGCCACGGAACAUGUCGAGACCAGCAGCUAGCGGAUAAAAACUGCGAGGAGGAGUGUGUGCCCGGAUGUAUGUGUCCCAGUGGUCAGGUGCAGGACGAUUAUGGUACCUGUGUCAACAUUGAACAAUGUACCUGUUAUGAUCAAUACUCUCCAAAAGAAAACAGAAUAAAGAAAGCCGGUGACGUGGUAUCGAGAAGGUGUACUGACUGUACUUGUACAAACGGUACAUUUGCUUGUGGAAAAGAGAGCUGCGAGGAGGAAAUAGUCUGUCCAAAGAACCAAGUGUACCAGAAGGGCGUGUCCGCUUGUCGUAAGACGUGCGAGAUGUACGGUCGAGAGAUGAUUUGUGAUAAUGACGUCCUGAUGGAUGGCUGUAUAUGUGAUGGCAAAAACAACCAAACUGCUUACAUGGCACCAGAUGGUACCUGUGUGUCUGCAGACCAAUGUCCCUGUCUAUUCGGUACUAAGUGGUACAAACCCGGAGAAAGCGUUACAUACGGAUGUAAAGUUUUUCGAUGUGAGAACCAGAAUUGGAGAAAAAUUGAAGACAAAAAUUGUCCAGCUGUCUGCCGAGCCUCAGGAGACCCCCACUACACCACGUUUGACGGAGUUGGAUAUUCCUUCCAAGGAGUCUGUUCCUAUAUUCUCUCCAGAGCAAAGGACAGAAGUUUCCAGAUCAUCACAGAAAACGUCAAGUGUGGAAGUACGGACGUGUCCUGUACUAAAUCCAUCCAGAUCUCCAUCAAAGGUCAAGAAAUCAACCUUGUCCGAGGAAAGGAUGACGUAAACAGCACAGCAGACAAUACGUAUAAACUCAAUGACAUCGUCAUUACUAAACAGAGUUUCUGGACGUCCAUUCACGCCCCUAACGAUAACAUCACUAUCUUAUGGGACAGUGGUACCCGUGUGUAUGUGUUCUUGAAGCCGAUUUGGCAAGGUAGAGUUGAAGGUCUCUGUGGUAACUACGACGGCGACUCCGUCAAUGAGUACAAGAAGGUAGAUGGAAGUGAAGGCACAGCCUUAGACUUCGCCAACAGCUGGGCAGCCUCUACCAGUUGUCCUACAACCUCUGUUGGAUCUUCGUCUGAAAUCAUUCCUUGUUCGGGAGAGCUGUCACAUAGAAAACAGUGGGCGGAAGAAUCUUGUGGUAUAAUCUACAGCGACAUCUUCAAGUCCUGCCGGGAAUUCCUCACCGACACAGUGGUUACCAGAUAUCAUGAAAACUGCUUGUUUGAUGCCUGCAGAUGUGACAGUGGUGGUGAUUGUGAAUGUUUCUGUACGGCUGUUGCUGACUUUGCUGAGCGCUGUAACCAAGCCGGAUAUCCCGUCAAAUGGAGGAGUCAGAAAGUUUGUCCUAUCAUGUGCGAGAAUGGAUUCCGUUAUACACCCUGCGCUUCCCCUUGCCCUCAGACUUGCAGAAAUAUCGGCGAUGAACCGGAACCUUACUGUAACGACACACAGUGUGUGGAGGGCUGCUUCUGUCCCGAGGGAUACGUCCAGAAAGACAUAAGAUGUGUUUUGGCCGAAGAUUGUCCUUGCUUCUACAAUGGUCAGGAGUGGCCGAAGGGUGCAGUCAUCACCAAGGACUGUCUUAACUGUACUUGUAUUAAUGGUAAAUUCCAUUGCGCUGGAGAGAACUGUACGUUGUGUAAGGAUAACGAAUUUACUUGUAAUCGGACUGGGGACUGUAUCAAAGGCGAAUACCGCUGUGAUUCUCAUGUGGACUGUCGUGACGGAAGUGACGAAGAAAAUUGUGAAUACAAAUGCAAAGUUGGUCAGUUUGAGUGUAUGAACUUGAACAAGACUUACUGCGUGGAUAGCAAUGUGCUUUGUGACGGAAUGAGAGAUUGCAUCAACGGCGAGGAUGAGAUGAAUUGCACUUACACGUGCUCCGAAAACGAAUUCACCUGUGAUGAUGGAAAGUGUAUCCCGAGCACGUUCAAAUGUGACGGCAAUAUGGAUUGUGGUGUAGGAGACGAUUCUGACGAGAAAGAUUGUGGACCUCCUUGUCCCCGUGUUCGCAGCUUCCGGUGUGGCGCGGACAACGACAAAUGUCUACCGAUAUCACUCAAAUGUGACAAACAUGACGAUUGCGGGGAUGGAUCAGACGAAAUUGGAUGCAAUUGCACCUGUGAUAGCACCAAAUUCACCUGUAAUUCGUCAUGCGAGUGCAUAUUUCCCACACAACGUUGCGAUGGAACUUUGGAUUGCGGGGACGGUUCCGAUGAAGUGGAAUGUCCAUGUACCUUGAACGAAUUCACCUGUGACAACGAGAAGUGCAUCAACGGUACCCUCCGGUGUGAUGGAAAGUAUGACUGUUCUGACAACUCCGAUGAGAAGGACUGCCUCACUACCACCACAGCAACAGUUACAACAACAAUACCCUUGAGCACCACACCCACUUCUGUGACCCCAUGUGUGACUGAGGAGAUCAUGGCGAACCCUGCAGCUCUACCGUCAAGCAAAAUCUACAUCACCCCAACUCCUGUGAGUCCAUUCACUACCGAAAAUAUCCGGCCAGGAUCUUCCACUCCCCUGGAAGUAGACAGCAGUACCGUAACUAUCAGCGUAGAUCUUACCUCCACAGACAACCCCGAGGGCAACGUUAUAAAGAGUCUGAAUAUCCUCGGAGACGAUAGCAAUGUGGCGCAAAUCUCUGUCUCCUACAAAGCAACACCCACAUCGUCCUCAGAAGACUUUACAAGCUUUACUGGUAUCGGCCCGGUGACUUUCCCACAGAACUUUAAAGCGGCGGAAGUAGAAAUCACGUUCACAGAAAGAACUGAGGACAGCCAGCCUUACAAGAUAAAGCUCGAAAUCAUAGCCUGCGUACACGGUGUUACUCCAACACCCACUGUAACUACACCCACAACACCUUGCGUGGACGAGAUGCUGCAGACGACAACAUCCGUCAUGACUGUGACGACCACUGGUCUGCCUCCCGCUACUGUACCCACUGACGUGUUUUCGACCACUGGUGUUACGUCAGCACCAGGAUCGGUGGCCCCGGUUACAAUUCAAUUGACCUUUAAUACUCCACAACCUCCAAAGGUCACCGAUGUGGUUUUCACGGUAACCAAUGGAAAGGAUAUCUCGGUCAUAUUCACAGACGAAAACGGAACUCCCACCAAUCUGACACCAGUUGUAACCCCAGGUGGAAGGAUCAUUUUGGAUUUUAAUGGAAAACCAAGCAAUGGAAUAUUCAUAACAGUCACUCCGAAAUCGUCCACGGAGCCCGUGACGAUCAAAGAGGCGGAGGUGAAGGCUUGCACACAGCCAGCUACAACACCAACAACAGCAACUCCUUCCACGACAGCAACUGUUCCGACCCCCACCACAUCUGCUACAGCCCCGACAAGCACCACUGUACCCACCGUUACCACCUCCACUGCAACAGUUUCAACAACGCCAACUCCCUGUGUCGAUGUUAUGCUGACUCCGACAGACAGCUCCGUAAUGACUGUCUCUAGUUCGUCAUUCCCACAAACCGACUUGCCAGACCUGUUUACUUCCGUCGGAGUGAUAUCGACUACGUCAGGAAUAACGACCGAGUUUAUUGUGACCUUCACCACAGCCACCCAACCCAAGGUCACCACUGUCACCACGACAGUUACAAAUGCUCAGUCUGUGGAGUUUACACUGCUGGACGAAACCAACACUCCAGUUCAGACUCAGACUCAACCAGUAGCAAGUGUGACAGAAACACCGGUGAGUACCUCGUUUGAUGGUGUGCCAGGUACAAAAGUGAAAAUCGUCAUCACGAAAGCAGGAUCCGACACCCAACCGACAGUGAAAGAGACCUCCAUCCGGGCGUGUAUUGAGGUUUCAACUACGACUGUGCCAACACUACCUACAACCGCGACAUUCACGGAAACUACCCCCAUCAUCUCCACAACUCCGUCAGUGUCAACAGAGACUACUCCAAUUACAACCACAUACUGUCAGGAUAUCAUGGUAAAUGAAGCCAAUUCUGGUAUGGUAACAGUGACUAGUAGUGAAUAUACCAACCCCAAGGACAUGUUCACUGUAACAGGAACCACCGAAGAUGAAAAGCUGUCCCAAACUAGUGCUACCUUGACGUUUAGCAAUAAUGCUAAAAUCGGCGAAGUGAAACUGACUGUAACAAACGCAUACAAAACCAUUGUGGAGGUUUUCAGAGAGGAUGGCACGAAAGCAGAUACUAAAACGCUCACCUACACCGGCCAUUUGAUGACAAACUUUAAUGGAAUUGAGGGAAAAACUAUAGUAAUCCGAAUUUUAAAAUCUAUAACCGCAACUCCUUCAACAAUCUCCGCUGUCCAGAUCCAGGCAUGUACACAAGUUGUUACAACCACAACUGCUUCAACAACACCGUCAGUGACAACAGCAAGUGUGUCAACCAGCACUACAAUUUCCACUUCCACUCCGUCGGUGUCCACAGUGACUACUCCAAUUACAACCACAUACUGUCAGGAUAUCAUGGUAAAUGAAGCCAAUUCUGGUAUGGUAACAGUGACUAGUAGUGAAUAUCCCAACGCCAAGGACAUGUUCACAGUAACAGGAACCACCGAAGAUGAAAAGCUGUCUCAAACUAGUGCUACUUUAACGUUUAGCAAUAAUGCUAAAAUCGGCGAAGUGAAACUGACUGUAACAAACGCAUACAAAACCAUUGUGGAGGUUUUCAGAGAGGAUGGCACGAAAGCAGAUACUAAAACGCUCACCUACACCGGCCAUUUGAUGACAAACUUUAAUGGAAUUGAGGGAAAAACUAUAGUAAUCCGAAUUUUAAAAUCUAUAACCGCAACUCCUUCAACAAUCUCCGCUGUCCAGAUCCAGGCAUGUACACAAGUUGUUACAACCACAACUGCUUCAACAACACCGUCAGUGACAACAGCAAGUGUGUCAACCAGCACUACAAUUUCCACUUCCACUCCGUCGGUGUCCACAGUGACUACUCCAAUUACAACCACAUACUGUCAGGAUAUCAUGGUAAAUGAAGCCAAUUCUGGUAUGGUAACAGUGACUAGUAGUGAAUAUCCCAACGCCAAGGACAUGUUCACAGUAACAGGAACCACCGAAGAUGAAAAGCUGUCUCAAACUAGUGCUACUUUAACGUUUAGCAAUAAUGCUAAAAUCGGCGAAGUGAAACUGACUGUAACAAACGCAUACAAAACCAUUGUGGAGGUUUUCAGAGAGGAUGGCACGAAAGCAGAUACUAAAACGCUCACCUACACCGGCCAUUUGAUGACAAACUUUAAUGGAAUUGAGGGAAAAACUAUAGUAAUCCGAAUUUUAAAAUCUAUAACCGCAACUCCUUCAACAAUCUCCGCUGUCCAGAUCCAGGCAUGUACACAAGUUGUUACAACCACACCUGCCCCAACAACCAGUGUUGCAACACCAUCAGUCACUGAGUUGACGCCAAGUGCAACUAGCACAUUAACCACUAUUUGCACGGACGAGAUGUUGGCCGCUGGUACGAGUGUACUGUCUCCUAGCAGUGACGAUAUUCCCUCGGAAUCACUUGCAAACAUCUUCACCCCCACUGGUGGUAGUACCACCACAGACAACCCUAACCCCACAGUUGUAUUCACGUUAGACGAGAAUAAUCCUCCACAUGUGACUGAGGUCAGUGUGACAGUCACCAAUGCACAUGAAGUAACUGUGGAACUUCUGCUACCCAACGGAGACAAAACUACGAAGACACCAGUGUUGACUUCCGGUGGUGUGGGAACAGUGAAUUUCCUUGGAGAAGCUGGAACAAAGAUAACAGUGAAGAUAACGAAGACAGACACUACUCAGCCAGCAGGAGUGUCUGGUGUCACCGUAAAGGCCUGCACAGCGGUCACGACAACACUUCCUACGACAGUGGUCAGCACCACACCGUCCGUAACAGGACCUACAACGACACUAACUGGACCAACACCAUCAGUAACAGGACCAACUCCAACACCCAGUGCACCAACACCGUCCGUUUCUGGACCAACGCCAACACCCAGUGCACCUACAACUACUCUCACAACAAUUUGCACGGACGAGAUGUUGGCCGCUGGUACGAGUGUACUGUCUCCUAGCAGUGACGAUAUUCCCUCGGAAUCACUUGCAAACAUCUUCACCCCCACUGGUGGUAGUACCACCACAGACAACCCUAACCCCACAGUUGUAUUGACGUUAGACGAGAAUAAUCCUCCACGUGUGACCGAGGUCAGUGUGACGGUUACCAAUGCACAUGAAGUAACUGUGGAACUUCUGCUACCCAACGGAGACAAAACUACGAAGACACCAGUGUUGACUUCCGGUGGUGUGGGAACAGUGAAUUUCCUUGGAGAAGCUGGAACAAAGAUAACAGUGAAGAUAACGAAGACAGACACUACUCAGCCAGCAGGAGUGUCUGGUGUCACCGUAAAGGCCUGCACAGCGGUCACGACAACACUUCCUACGACAGUGGUCAGCACCACACCGUCCGUAACAGGACCUACAACGACACCAACUGGACCAACACCAUCAGUAACAGGACCAACUCCAACACCCAGUGCACCAACACCGUCCGUUUCUGGACCAACGCCAACACCCAGUGCACCUACAACUACUCUCACAACAAUUUGCACGGACGAGAUGUUGGCCGCUGGUACGAGUGUACUGUCUCCUAGCAGUGACGAUAUUCCCUCGGAAUCACUUGCAAACAUCUUCACCCCCACUGGUGGUAGUACCACCACAGACAACCCUAACCCCACAGUUGUAUUGACGUUAGACGAGAAUAAUCCUCCACGUGUGACCGAGGUCAGUGUGACGGUUACCAAUGCACAUGAAGUAACUGUGGAACUUCUGCUACCCAACGGAGACAAAACUACGAAGACACCAGUGUUGACUUCCGGUGGUGUGGGAACAGUGAAUUUCCUUGGAGAAGCUGGAACAAAGAUAACAGUGAAGAUAACGAAGACAGACACUACUCAGCCAGCAGGAGUGUCUGGUGUCACCGUAAAGGCCUGCACAGCGGUCACGACAACACUUCCUACGACAGUGGUCAGCACCACACCGUCCGUAACAGGACCUACAACGACACCAACUGGACCAACACCAUCAGUAACAGGACCAACUCCAACACCCAGUGCACCAACACCGUCCGUUUCUGGACCAACGCCAACACCCAGUGCACCUACAACUACUCUCACAACAAUUUGCACGGACGAGAUGUUGGCCGCUGGUACGAGUGUACUGUCUCCUAGCAGUGACGAUAUUCCCUCGGAAUCACUUGCAAACAUCUUCACCCCCACUGGUGGUAGUACCACCACAGACAACCCUAACCCCACAGUUGUAUUGACGUUAGACGAGAAUAAUCCUCCACGUGUGACCGAGGUCAGUGUGACGGUUACCAAUGCACAUGAAGUAACUGUGGAACUUCUGCUACCCAACGGAGACAAAACUACGAAGACACCAGUGUUGACUUCCGGUGGUGUGGGAACAGUGAAUUUCCUUGGAGAAGCUGGAACAAAGAUAACAGUGAAGAUAACGAAGACAGACACUACUCAGCCAGCAGGAGUGUCUGGUGUCACCGUAAAGGCCUGCACAGCGGUCACGACAACACUUCCUACGACAGUGGUCAGCACCACACCGUCCGUAACAGGACCUACAACGACACCAACUGGACCAACACCAUCAGUAACAGGACCAACUCCAACACCCAGUGCACCAACACCGUCCGUUUCUGGACCAACGCCAACACCCAGUGCACCUACAACUACUCUCACAACAAUUUGCACGGACGAGAUGUUGGCCGCUGGUACGAGUGUACUGUCUCCUAGCAGUGACGAUAUUCCCUCGGAAUCACUUGCAAACAUCUUCACCCCCACUGGUGGUAGUACCACCACAGACAACCCUAACCCCACAGUUGUAUUGACGUUAGACGAGAAUAAUCCUCCACGUGUGACCGAGGUCAGUGUGACGGUUACCAAUGCACAUGAAGUAACUGUGGAACUUCUGCUACCCAACGGAGACAAAACUACGAAGACACCAGUGUUGACUUCCGGUGGUGUGGGAACAGUGAAUUUCCUUGGAGAAGCUGGAACAAAGAUAACAGUGAAGAUAACGAAGACAGACACUACUCAGCCAGCAGGAGUGUCUGGUGUCACCGUAAAGGCCUGCACAGCGGUCACGACAACACUUCCUACGACAGUGGUCAGCACCACACCGUCCGUAACAGGACCUACAACGACACCAACUGGACCAACACCAUCAGUAACAGGACCAACUCCAACACCCAGUGCACCAACACCGUCCGUUUCUGGACCAACGCCAACACCCAGUGCACCUACAACUACUCUCACAACAAUUUGCACGGACGAGAUGUUGGCCGCUGGUACGAGUGUACUGUCUCCUAGCAGUGACGAUAUUCCCUCGGAAUCACUUGCAAACAUCUUCACCCCCACUGGUGGUAGUACCACCACAGACAACCCUAACCCCACAGUUGUAUUGACGUUAGACGAGAAUAAUCCUCCACGUGUGACCGAGGUCAGUGUGACGGUUACCAAUGCACAUGAAGUAACUGUGGAACUUCUGCUACCCAACGGAGACAAAACUACGAAGACACCAGUGUUGACUUCCGGUGGUGUGGGAACAGUGAAUUUCCUUGGAGAAGCUGGAACAAAGAUAACAGUGAAGAUAACGAAGACAGACACUACUCAGCCAGCAGGAGUGUCUGGUGUCACCGUAAAGGCCUGCACAGCGGUCACGACAACACUUCCUACGACAGUGGUCAGCACCACACCGUCCGUAACAGGACCUACAACGACACCAACUGGACCAACACCAUCAGUAACAGGACCAACUCCAACACCCAGUGCACCAACACCGUCCGUUUCUGGACCAACGCCAACACCCAGUGCACCUACAACUACUCUCACAACAAUUUGCACGGACGAGAUGUUGGCCGCUGGUACGAGUGUACUGUCUCCUAGCAGUGACGAUAUUCCCUCGGAAUCACUUGCAAACAUCUUCACCCCCACUGGUGGUAGUACCACCACAGACAACCCUAACCCCACAGUUGUAUUGACGUUAGACGAGAAUAAUCCUCCACGUGUGACCGAGGUCAGUGUGACGGUUACCAAUGCACAUGAAGUAACUGUGGAACUUCUGCUACCCAACGGAGACAAAACUACGAAGACACCAGUGUUGACUUCCGGUGGUGUGGGAACAGUGAAUUUCCUUGGAGAAGCUGGAACAAAGAUAACAGUGAAGAUAACGAAGACAGACACUACUCAGCCAGCAGGAGUGUCUGGUGUCACCGUAAAGGCCUGCACAGCGGUCACGACAACACUUCCUACGACAGUGGUCAGCACCACACCGUCCGUAACAGGACCUACAACGACACCAACUGGACCAACACCAUCAGUAACAGGACCAACUCCAACACCCAGUGCACCAACACCGUCCGUUUCUGGACCAACGCCAACACCCAGUGCACCUACAACUACUCUCACAACAAUUUGCACGGACGAGAUGUUGGCCGCUGGUACGAGUGUACUGUCUCCUAGCAGUGACGAUAUUCCCUCGGAAUCACUUGCAAACAUCUUCACCCCCACUGGUGGUAGUACCACCACAGACAACCCUAACCCCACAGUUGUAUUGACGUUAGACGAGAAUAAUCCUCCACGUGUGACCGAGGUCAGUGUGACGGUUACCAAUGCACAUGAAGUAACUGUGGAACUUCUGCUACCCAACGGAGACAAAACUACGAAGACACCAGUGUUGACUUCCGGUGGUGUGGGAACAGUGAAUUUCCUUGGAGAAGCUGGAACAAAGAUAACAGUGAAGAUAACGAAGACAGACACUACUCAGCCAGCAGGAGUGUCUGGUGUCACCGUAAAGGCCUGCACAGCGGUCACGACAACACUUCCUACGACAGUGGUCAGCACCACACCGUCCGUAACAGGACCUACAACGACACCAACUGGACCAACACCAUCAGUAACAGGACCAACUCCAACACCCAGUGCACCAACACCGUCCGUUUCUGGACCAACGCCAACACCCAGUGCACCUACAACUACUCUCACAACAAUUUGCACGGACGAGAUGUUGGCCGCUGGUACGAGUGUACUGUCUCCUAGCAGUGACGAUAUUCCCUCGGAAUCACUUGCAAACAUCUUCACCCCCACUGGUGGUAGUACCACCACAGACAACCCUAACCCCACAGUUGUAUUGACGUUAGACGAGAAUAAUCCUCCACGUGUGACCGAGGUCAGUGUGACGGUUACCAAUGCACAUGAAGUAACUGUGGAACUUCUGCUACCCAACGGAGACAAAACUACGAAGACACCAGUGUUGACUUCCGGUGGUGUGGGAACAGUGAAUUUCCUCGGAGAACCUGGAACAAAGAUAACAGUGAAGAUAACGAAGACAGACACUACUCUGCCAUCACGAGUGUCUGAUGUCACUGUAAAGGCCUGCACAGAGGUUACAAGCACAACCGAAACAACAGAAAAGCCAAAGGUUGUCACGACAACAGUAGUUACAACAACACCCGUUGUCACAACAACUGGUGUCACUGCAUCAUCAACCUCAACGACAGUGUGUGUCAAGCAUGAGGGGAUGGAGGAUUUUGCACAGAUCCCUUCCGCUAAUAUAGACUUUCCAAAUAAUGAUGUUCCAUCAUCGGAUGUUGACAAAGUGCGACCUGGAAGUGUUGAUGGUCCUCUUGCAAUAACACAAACUUCCCCUACUGAACCAAUAAUGAUUGUGGUCACUCUUCCCCCUAAUGGUGUAGAAGUUGGAGAAAUUAAAAUUAGCCCUGAUGACCUUCUACCUCAAAGUAAUGUCGGUCAGAGCAAUGUUGACUCUUUCACAGUGUCAUAUAAAAAGCCAGGAGAUACCACCCUAUAUCCACUGGACAGUGGCACAGAGUUCCCAGGAAGUGGGCCAGCUGAUCUGAGAAGUAAAUUGGCUACGGAACUAGUGAUAACAAUUAAGCCCAUUGAUUCAGCUUCAGAUGUAUUGCUGGUACUUUCCGUGAAAGCCUGUUUUGGAGCUCCACAAACAACGGUUGCUACUACUACAGGGGCGACAACUCCAGUAACCACCGUACUCCACGAGAGUCCGCCUACUCCUCCACAGUUCACAUUGCCAACACCUGGACAGACACCUUCCACAACAUUGACACCCAGUGGUACAACCACCACCCCAUCAUCUGUUCCAUCCACUCCUGCCACUAAAGUUUCCACUCCUUCAAUCACUACACCUUCCUCAAGGACUACAACCCAUUCGUUUACAACAUUGACUCCAUCCGGUACCCCAAGUAUCACACCUAGUGGCACCCCAAGCUUAACACCAACGCCUUCUGCAACACCAAGUAUUACACCCAGUGCAACACCUAGCAUAACGCCAACACCAAGUGUUACUCCAAGCGUGACUCCAUCUGUUACACCAAGCCUAACACCAACACCAUCUGGAACACCCGGUGUCACACCAAGUGCUACACCCACUGUCACUCCGAGUUUAACUCCAUCAGUUACUCCAAGUGUUACACCGAGUGGAACUCCUAGCAUUACACCAACACCGUCAAUAACACCUUCUGUUACACCAAGCGUGACUCCAUCAGUUACCCCUAGUGUCACACCAAGCGUGACUCCAUCUGUUACACAAAGUGUCACCCCAAGUGUGACACCUUCUGUUACAACAAGUGUCACUCCUAGCGUAACACCUACACCAUCAGUUACACCAAGUGUCACUCCAAGCGUAACUCCAUCAGUUACACCAAGUGUCACCCCAAGCGUAACUCCAUCUGUUACACCAAGCGUGACUCCAUCAGUUACACCAAGUGUGACCCCUUCUGUUACGCCAAGUGUCACUCCAAGCGUAACACCUACACCAUCGGUCACACCAAGUGUCACUCCUAGCGUAACGCCUACACCAUCGUUCACACCUAGUGUGACUCCAUCAGUUACACCAAGCGUUACUCCAUCGAUUACACCAAGCGUUACUCCAUCAGUAACACCAAGCGUGACUCCAUCGGUGACACCAAGCGUGACUCCAUCCGCAACACCAAGUGUCACCCCAAGUGGAACCCCUAGCGUAACACCUACACCAUCAGUUACACCUAGUGUGACUCCAUCAGUUACACCAAGCGUGACUCCAUCAGUUACACCAAGUGUUACCCCAAGUGUCACUCCAAGUGUAACGCCUACACCAUCCGUCACACCAAGUGUCACUCCAAGCGUGACUCCAUCAGUUACACCAAGCGUGACUCCAUCUGUUACACCAAGCGUGACUCCAUCAGUUACACCAAGUGUCACCCCAAGUGUAACUCCUAGUGUAACACCUACACCGUCGGUCACACCUAGUGUCACUCCAAGCGUAACGCCUACACCGUCGGUCACACCGAGUGUCACUCCAAGCCUGACUCCAUCAGUUACACCAAGCGUGACCCCAUCAGUUACACCAAGUGUCACCCCAAGUGUGACACCUACACCAAGUGUCACUCCUAGCGUAACACCUACACCAUCAGUCACACCAAGUGUCACUCCAAGCAUAACUCCAUCAGUUACACCAAGUGUCACCCCAAGCGUAACUCCAUCUGUUACACCAAGCGUGACUCCAUCAGUUACACCAAGUGUUACCCCAAGUGUCACUCCAAGUGUAACGCCUACACCAUCCGUCACACCAAGUGUCACUCCAAGCGUGACUCCAUCAGUUACACCAAGCGUGACUCCAUCUGUUACACCAAGCGUGACUCCAUCAGUUACACCAAGUGUCACCCCAAGUGUAACUCCUAGUGUAACACCUACACCGUCGGUCACACCUAGUGUCACUCCAAGCGUAACGCCUACACCGUCGGUCACACCGAGUGUCACUCCAAGCCUGACUCCAUCAGUUACACCAAGCGUGACCCCAUCAGUUACACCAAGUGUCACCCCAAGUGUGACACCUACACCAAGUGUCACUCCUAGCGUAACACCUACACCAUCAGUCACACCAAGUGUCACUCCAAGCAUAACUCCAUCAGUUACACCAAGUGUCACCCCAAGCGUAACUCCAUCUGUUACACCAAGCGUGACUCCAUCAGUUACACCAAGUGUCACCCCAAGUGUCACUCCUAGCGUAACACCUACACCGUCGGUCACACCUAGUGUCACUCCAAGCGUAACGCCUACACCAUCGGUCACACCAAGUGUCACUCCAAGCGUGACUCCAUCCGUUACACCAAGCGUGACUCCAUCAGUUACACCAAGUGUCACCCCAAGUGUGACACCUGUUACACCAAGUGUCACUCCAAGCGUAACUCCAUCAGUUACACCAAGUGUCACCCCAAGUGUUACUCCUAGCGUAACACCUACACCAUCACUUACACCAAGUGUCACUCCAAGCGUGACUCCAUCGGUUACACCAAGUGUCACCCCAAGCGUAACUCCAUCUGUAACACCAAGCGUGACUCCAUCAGUUACCCCAAGUGUGACUCCAUCAGUUACACCAAGUGUAACUCCAAGCGUAACACCUACUCCAUCGGUCACACCAAGUGUCACCCCAAGCGGAACGCCUACUCCAUCACUCACGCCAAGUGUCACUCCAAGCGUGACUCCAUCAGUUACACCAAGCGUGACUCCAUCAGUUACACCAAGUGUCACCCCAAGUGUAACUCCAUCGGUCACACCAAGUGUCACUCCAAGCGUAACACCUACACCAUCAGUCACACCAAGUGUCACUCCAAGCGUAACUCCAUCAGUUACACCAAGUGUCACCCCAAGUGGAACCCCUAGCGUAACACCUACCCCAUCAGUUACACCUAGUGUGACUCCCUCUGUUACACCAAGCGUGACUCCAUCCGUUACACCAAGCGUGACUCCAUCCGUUACACCAAGCGUCACUCCAUCUGUUACACCAAGCGUGACUCCAUCAGUUACACCAAGCGUGACUCCAUCUGUUACACCAAGCGUGACUCCAUCCGUUACACCAAGCGUGACUCCAUCGGUCACACCAAGUGUCACUCCAAGCGUAACGCCUACACCAUCAGUCACACCAAGUGUCACUCCUAGCGUAACACCUACACCAUCGGUCACACCAAGUGUCACUCCAAGCGUAACUCCAUCAGUUACACCAAGUGUCACCCCAAGUGGAACCCCUAGCGUAACACCUACACCAUCAGUUACACCUAGUGUGACUCCCUCUGUUACACCAAGCGUGACUCCAUCAGUUACACCAAGCGUGACUCCAUCAGUUACACCAAGCGUGACUCCAUCAGUUACACCAAGCGUGACUCCAUCAGUUACACCAAGCGUGACUCCAUCAGUUACACCAAGCGUGACUCCAUCAGUUACACCAAGCGUAACUCCAUCCGCUACACCAAGUGUGACCCCAAGUGGAACCCCUAGCGUAACACCUACACCAUCAGUUACACCUAGUGUGACUCCAUCAGUUACACCAAGCGUAACUCCAUCAGUUACCCCAAGCGUGACUCCAUCAGUUACACCAAGUGUCACCCCAAGUGUAACUCCUAGCGUAACACCUACUCCAUCGAUUACACCAAGUGUCACUCCAAGCGUGACUCCAUCAGUUACCCCAAGUGUGACUCCAUCCGUUACACCAAGUGUCACCCCAAGUGUAACUCCUAGCGUAACACCUACUCCAUCGAUUACACCAAGUUUCACUCCAAGCGUGACUCCAUCAGUUACCCCAAGUGUGACUCCAUCCGUUACACCAAGUGUCACCCCAAGUGUAACUCCUAGCGUAACACCUACUCCAUCGGUUACACCAAGCGUCACUCCAUCAGUUACCCCAAGCGUGACUACAUCCGUUACACCAAGUGUCACCCCAAGUGGAACCCCUAGCGUAACACCUACACCAUCAGUUACACCUAGUGUGACUCCAUCAGUUACACCAAGCGUGACUCCAUCCGUUACACCAAGUGUCACCCCAAGUGUAACUCCUAGCGUAACACCUACUCCAUCGAUUACACCAAGUGUCACUCCAAGCGUGACUCCAUCAGUUACACCAAGCGUGACUCCAUCUGUUACACCAAGCGUGACUCCAUCAGUUACACCAAGCGUGACUCCAUAUGUUACACCAAGCGUGACUCCAUCAGUUACACCAAGUGUAACUCCAUCGGUCACCCCAAGUGUCACUCCAAGCGUAACUCCAUCAGUUACACCAAGUGUCACCCCAAGUGGAACCCCUAGCGUAACACCUACCCCAUCAGUUACACCUAGUGUGACUCCCUCUGUUACACCAAGUGUGACUCCAUCCGUUACACCCAGCCUGACUCCAUCAGUUACACCAAGCGUGACUCCAUCCGUUACACCAAGCGUGACUCCAUCAGUUACACCAAGUGUCACCCCAAGUAUAACUCCAUCAGUAACACCAAGUGCCACUCCUAGCGUAACACCUACACCAUCGGUCACACCAAGUGUCACUCCAAACGUAACUCCAUCGGUUACACCAAGUGUUACCGCAAGUGGAACCCCUAGCGUAACACCUACGCCAUCGGUCACACCAAGCGUGACUCCCUCUGUUACACCAAGCGUGACUCCAUCAGUUACACCAAGCGUGACUCCAUCCGUUACACCAAGCGUGACUCCAUCACUUACACCAAGCGUAACUCCAUCAGUUACCCCAAGCGUGACUCCAUCCGUUACACCAAGUGUCACCCCAAGUGUAACUCCUAGCGUAACACCUACUCCAUCGGUUACACCAAGUGUCACUCCAAGCGUGACUCCAUCAGUUACACCAAGCGUGACUCCAUCUGUUACACCAAGCGUGACUCCAUCAGUUACACCGAGCGUGACUCCAUCUGUUACACCAAGCGUGACUCCAUCAGUUACACCAAGUGUCACCCCAAGUGUAACUCCAUCGGUCACCCCAAGUGUCACUCCAAGCGUAACGCCUACACCAUCGGUCACACCAAGUUUCACUCCAAGCGUAACUCCAUCAGUUACACCAAGUGUCACCCCAAGUGGAACCCCUAGCGUAACACCUACCCCUUCAGUUACACCUAGUGUGACUCCCUCUGUUACACCAAGCGUGACUCCAUCCGUUACACCAAGCGUGACUCCAUCCGUUACACCAAGCGUGACUCCAUCAGUUACACCAAGUGUCACCCCAAGUGUAACUCCUAGCGUAACACCUACACCGUCAGUCACACCUAGUGUCACUCCAAGCAUAACGCCUACACCAUCGGUUACACCAAGUAUCACCCCAAGUGCAACUCCAUCGGUCACACCAAGUGUCACUCCAAGCGUAACGCCUACACCAUCGGUCACACCAAGUGUCACUCCAAGCGUAACUCCAUCAAUUACACCAAGUGUCACCCCAAGUGGAACCCCUAGCGUAACACCUACACCAUCAGUUACACCUAGUUUGACUCCAUCCGUUACACCAAGCGUGACUCCAUCCGUUACACCAAGCGUGACUCCAUCAGUUACACCAAGUGUCACCACAAGUGUAACUCCAUCAGUCACACCAAGUGUCACUCCAAGCGUAACGCCUACACCAUCGGUCACACCAAGUGUCACUCCAAGCGUAACGCCUACACCAUCGGUCACACCAAGUGUCACUCCAAGCGUGACUCCCUCCGUUACACCAAGUGUCACCCCAAGUGGAACCCCUAGCAUAACACCUACACCAUCAGUUACACCUAGUGUGACUCCAUCAGUUACACCAAGCGUUACUCCAUCCGUUACACCAAGCGUAACUCCAUCAGUUACACCAAGCGUAACUCCAUCAGUUACCCCAAGCGUGACUCCAUCAGUUACCCCAAGCGUGACUCCAUCCGUUACACCAAGUGUCACCCCAAGUGUAACUCCUAGCGUAACACCUACUCCAUCGGUCACACCAAGUGUCACUCCAAGCGUGACUCCAUCAGUUACACCAAGCGUGACCCCAUCUGUUACACCAAGUGUGACUCCUUCCGUUACACCAAGCGUAACUCCAUCUGUUACACCAAGCGUGACUCCAUCAGUUACACCAAGCGUGACUCCAUCUGUUACACCAAGCGUGACUCCAUCAGUUACACCAAGUGUCACCCCAAGUGUAACUCCAUCGGUCACCCCAAGUGUCACUCCAAGCGUAACGCCUACACCAUCGGUCACACCAAGUGUCACUCCAAGUGUAACUCCAUCAGUUACACCAAGUGUCACCCCAAGUGGAACCCCUAGCGUAACACCUACCCCAUCAGUUACACCUAGUGUGACUCCCUCUGUUACACCAAGUGUGACUCCAUCAGUUACACCAAGCGUGACUCCAUCAGUUACACCCAGCCUCACUCCAUCAGUUACACCAAGCAUGACUCCAUCCGUUACACCAAGCGUGACUCCAUCAGUUACACCAAGUGUCACCCCAAGUGUAACUCCAUCAGUAACACCAAGUGCCACUCCUAGCGUAACACCUACACCAUCGGUCACACCAAGUGUCACUCCAAGCGUAACUCCAUCAGUUACACCAAGUGUCACCCCAAGUGGAACUCCUAGCGUAACACCUACACCAUCAGUUACACCAAGCGUGACUCCCUCUGUUACACCAAGCGUGACUCCAUCCGUUACACCAAGCGUGACUCCAUCAGUUACACCAAGUGUCACCCCAAGUGUAACUCCUAGCGUAACACCUACACCAUCGGUUACACCUAGUGUCACUCCAAGCGUAACGCCUACACCAUCGGUCACACCAAGUGUCACUCCAAGCGUAACUCCAUCAUUUACACCAAGUAUCACCACAAGUGGAACCCCUAGCGUAACACCUACACCAUCAGUCACACCUAGUGUGACUCCCUCUGUUACACCAAGCGUGACUCCAUCAGUUACACCAAGUGUGACUCCAUCCGUUACACCUAGCGUGACUCCAUCCGUUACUCCAAGCGUGACUCCAUCCGUUACACCAAGCGUGACUCCAUCCGUUACACCAAGCGUGACUCCAUCAGUUACACCAAGUGUCACCCCAAGUAUAACUCCAUCAGUCACACCAAGUGUCACUCCAAGCGUAACGCCUACACCAUCGGUCACACCAAGUGUCACUCCAAGCGUAACACCUACACCAUCGGGCACACCAAGCGUGACUCCAUCAUUUACACCAAGCGUGACUCCAUCCGUUACACCAAGCGUGACUCCAUCAGUUACACCAAGUGUCACUCCUACACCAUCGGUCACACCAAGUGUUACUCCAAGCGUAACUCCAUCUGUUACACCAAGUGUCACCCCAAGUGGAACCCCUAGCGUAACACCUACCCCAUCAGUUACACCCAGUGUGACUCCCUCUGUUACACCAAGCGUGACUCCAUCCGUUACACCAAGCGUGACUCCAUCCGUUACACCAAGCGUGACUCCAUCUGUUACACCAAGCGUGACUCCAUCCGUUACACCAAGCUUAACUCCAUCAGUUACACCAAGCGUGACUCCCUCUGUUACACCAAGCGUGACUCCAUCCGUUACACCAAGCGUGACUCCAUCAAUUACACCAAGUGUCACUCCAAGUGUAACUCCAUCGGUCACACCAAGUAUCACUCCUAGCAUAACUCCAUCUGUUACACCAAGUGUUACUCCAUCAGUUACACCAAGCAUAACUCCAUCAGUUACACCAAGUGUCACUCCUACACCAUCGGUCACACCAAGUGUUACUCCAAGCGUAACUCCAUCAGUUACACCAAGUGUCACCCCAAGUGGAACCCCUAGCGUAACACCUACACCAUCAGUUACACCCAGUGUGACUCCCUCUUUUACACCAAGCGUGACUCCAUCAGUUACACCAAGCGUGACUCCAUCAGUUACACCAAGCGUGACUCCGUCAGUUACACCAAGCGUGACUCCAUCAGUUACACCAAGUGUCACCCCAAGUGUAACUCCAUCGGUCACACCAAGUGUCACUCCAAGCGUAACGCCUACACCAUCAGUCACACCAAGUGUCACUCCAAGCGUAACUCCAUCAGUUACACCAAGUGUCACCCCAAGUGGAACUCCUAGCGUAACACCUACACCAUCAGUUACACCUAGUGUGACUCCAUCAGUUACACCAAGCGUGACUCCGUCAGUUACACCAAGUGUGACUCCAUCUGUUACACCAAGUGUUACCCCAAGUGGAACUCCUAGUGUAACACCAACACCUUCUGUUACUCCAAGUGUAACUCCAAGCGUGACCCCAUCAGUUACACCAAGUGUUACACCAAGCUUGACCCCAUCAGUUACACCAAGCGUGACUCCAUCUGUUACCCCAAGUGUGACUCCAUCUGUUACCCCAAGUGGUGGAACUCCUUCUGUAACUCCGAGUGUCACACCAUCUAGUACAACUAGUGUUACAACUUCAAGCACAGUGUGUGACUAUGUGGAUAUUGGAUCGGAAAGACCGAUGGAUUUUAUACUAACAUCACCCAGUGAAGAUCCUAGUUUCCCAGUGGUCAAUAUUCUUCAAUCGAAUGAUGUGUACAAACCAGCACAAGAGCUUACCUAUGAUGAGAACGUUGUCGUGAAGAUUGUUUCACAAGACACACCAACCAUAUUGAAGGUUACUUUCGUGAUUGAUGGAGCAGAUACAGUCGGUUUGGAAUAUUUGACAGAUUUCAAGCAAAAACCAGUCACGCAGAGUAACCAAACGAUAGAAUUUAUAUUUGGAACGGGAAUAAAUACAGACACUUUUACCAUCAACAUCAAGAGCAACUCUCCUAUUCAACCGGAAAUAUCCAAUUUAAUCGUUCGGACAUGUUAUACGCCAGUGUCAGCUCCAACUACGUCAGCUUCCACCACUCCAUCGGUGAGUAAUAUUUUGAUAAGGGGAUGGGGGCUCAAUCUUUAAUUAAAGAUGGUAAACUGAGUCUUUGUAUCAGUGAAAAGUUCUGUGAAA